AUGCCCAUCAACCCCACACGCGCAAAACAACUCUCUGAAAACCUCAGCCACGUCCUCUCGCAAGUAAACACUGCUUCCGCCAGCAGAAAUGUCCGCCUAAUCGCAGUCUCCAAACUCAAACCCGCAAACGACAUUCUCGCUCUCCACCAAGCCCCCACCUCACACACGCACUUUGGCGAAAACUACUCCCAAGAACUCCUCGAAAAAGCCUCCUUGCUUCCUAGGACUAUAAACUGGCAUUUCAUCGGCGCUCUCCAAACGAACAAAUGUCGUCCCUUGGCUGAAAGCAUUCCGAACUUGUUUUCAGUGAGUAGUGUGGACAGCAGCAAAAAAGCCGAUGGACUGGAAAAAGGAAGAGCAAAGCUCGUCGCAGAGAAGAAGGAAGAAGUGCAAGGCAAGAAACUGAGAGUGUUGGUACAAGUCAACACCUCAGGCGAAGAAGAAAAAAGUGGUGUUGAGCCAAAGGAUGCGGCUCAACUCUGCAAACACAUACUCGACAAUUGUCCGCAUUUGGAGUUGGGUGGUUUGAUGACUAUUGGUGCGAUUGCGAGAUCAAAGGCUACAACCAAGGAAACGGAAAACGAAGACUUUGAGGAGCUUAGAAAGUGUAGGGAUGAGGUGGCGAAGGAGUUGGGUUUGGAUGCGGAUAAACUCGAGUUGAGUAUGGGCAUGAGUUCGGACUUUGAGGCUGCUAUUAGACAAGGGAGUACCGAAGUCAGGGUUGGCACGACCAUCUUUGGUGAGAGACCUGCUAGAGGCGAUGCCAAAGUGAAGGAGGAUACUACAGAGGAGAAGAAGUAG